AUGUGGGCAACCAUAGUGGAUGGGCAGCCGCUCGUCUUGGCCUUAGCGGGUCCAUUGACACAGCUCCUUCCCGGCGUCCUUGACGCGGAGCUGCAAUUCGACGCGAGGAAUCGCGAAGAACCCGAGACGCGCUUCUGGGCCGACGCCUUCGGCAGCGUCUCCCACCGUCACCGAGCUUUGCAGCGCCAACGUGGGGGACUGGACAUGAACGCUGCGUGCCGCAGUCAUCGCCAGCUCCUCCGUCGCCUCAUCGACCAGAAGCGGGUCUUCGACUUUGGCUACAUCGAUCAGUAUCAACGCGACGGUAUGGCGAUGAAUGUAGCUGCCAAGGACGGUCACCUCGAGGUCCUCCAGCGGCUCCACGAUGGCGGUGCCGCGUCGUGUACGACCGCUGCCAUGGACGAGGCCGCUGUCAACGGGCAUCUCCACGUCAUCCAGUGGCUGGAGCAGCACCGCACCGAUAGUACUGUAGCAUCCACACAGGCCACCGAGACACCCUGCUCGAUUGCACGCUACCAAAUCGAACCCGACAAUCGAUCGCAGAGAUCCACCUACUGCGCCUAG